AUGGCGAAUAGAGUAAGAAGGAUGAUUCGUGAAGAAGUUGGGGAUGGAUACUUUUGUAUUCUUGUUGAUGAAGCACAAGAUGCAUCUAAGAGAGAACAAAUGGCUAUUAUUUUGAGGUUUGUGAAUGGUCAGGGUAUUUUGACGGAACGCUACUUUGAUAUCAAAAGCGUCAGCGACACCACAUCAUCAAGUCUAAAAAAUGAGAUUGUAAAUGUUCUUGCUCAACAUGAACUUGAAGUGUCAAAAAUGAGAGGCCAAGGAUAUGAUGGUGCUAGUAAUAUGCAGGGCGCUUGGAAUGGACUUCAGGCAUUAUUUCUUAGAGAUUGUCCGUAUACUUAUUAUGUCUACUGUUUUGCUCAUCGAUUACAGUUGGUAUUGGUUUAUGCAGCUAACGAAGUUGGUGUUAUUUGGGAGUUCUUUUCUCAUCUAGAUAAUAUUAUCAGUUCUUUCCCUAAACGCAUUACAGAGUUACAAUCUGCUCAAAGGAAUGAAAUUGAGCAUAUGUUAGCUACUGGGGAGCGUGAGUUAGGAAGUGGAGCAAAUCAAGAAGAAUUUCUUGGGGAAGUGAAAAAGUAUUGUGCAAAACAUGAUAUUGAGAUACCCGACCUAGAAAGUUUGUAUAAAAUUGGUCCUUGUCGUUCUCGCGAUCCAAUUAUAAUGAAGCAUCAUUAUCACUUUGAUGUUUUCAAUGAAGCAAUAGAUUACGUACUGAUAGAAUUAAAUACAAGAUUUAAUGAUACAUCAGUUGAACUUCUCACACUUAGUGCAGCUUUGGAUCCUAGAAAUUCAUUUGAAUCAUUUAACAAUCAUGACAUUUGUACACUUGUUGAGAAAUUCUAUCCUGCAGAUUUUACUCAGCAAGAUAUUCGUACUUUGGAAUAUGAAUUGCGACAUUAUGAGCUAGAUAUGAAGGCUGAAUCUCGAUUUAAAGAUGAUAUGAUAGGAUGUAAGGGAUCUGUAAUCAUUAUAUUCUUUGGGGAUUACGGCGGCAUUGAGACCGAGCUGGACUUCUGUGGCCAAACUGGAAUGCAUAUGAGGUGGGGCUUGCGAGCAAUAGACAUGAGAUCGGAGAUAUUUGCAAUUGUAAUAGAUGGGAGUGUUUAA